AUGGCCACUCACAGGGGCAUGGGGCAUGCGAGGCUCGUGGAGGUCAACUACACGGCUGUCUGGCUGCAUUCGCCUCGCUUCCGUCUUCGCCCGACGCACGCCCGCGCCGCCGUGAAAGCGAGGAAAAACAAAACACCAGCGUAUGUCGAGGAUGCUCAACUUUCUAACCCGGGCGCCGUCCUGCGCGGCCAGAUAGCGCGUGUGUUCCGCCACUAUCAGUGCUGUGCGGUGUGGUGUCGCCCCAAGCCUAAACUGCCGGCACACUCGCUCGCUGCUGAGUCCACGUCUGCAGGCAUGGCCGCACAAGAACACAAGCGCUAUAGCAAAGCCGAUGAUGAGAACCCGACACCCGCUGGCCGGCCGUUGCUGGUGGCAGCAACUCCCUCCAUCGGCGUGGCAGAAGCAAGCGCCCAUGCCACUGCGAGGCGUGGGGGUCUCGGUGUCUCGCCCUUCUGGAAGCAGCUGCUCGCGGCGGCUGGCCCCACUGUGUCCGUGCUGAGCUCGGGCAUGACGGCCGGCUACUCGGCCAUACUGCUGCCCCAGCUCAACGCCACGCAGACCUGCAACGCCACUCAGACCUGCAACGCCACGCAGAGCUGCAACGCCACGCAGUCCGGCAACGCCACACAGUUCGGCAAUGCCACACAGUCCGGCAUCGCGCUCACAGAAAGCUCGUCCUCGUGGAUAGCCAGUAUAGCUGUCGUUGCAAUGGCUAUUGGGUGUGUAUUCAUCUCCAUGCUGAUGGACAAAGUCGGGAGACGUAGGAGCCUGCAAGUGUUCAGCGUGCCAGCCGUGGUCGGCUGGGUCGUCAUCGCGCUCGCUCACGACGUGCCCAUGCUGUAUGCGGGCCGCUUCCUCACCGGCCUGUACGUGGGGCUCAGCACCCCCGUGGCCACCGUCUUCAUCGCAGAAACGUCCUCGCCCAAGUACCGGGGGUUCCUGCUGGCCGCCUCCAACCUGGGGAUCCCAGUCGGCAUAUUCAUGACCCAAUUGCUGGGCACCGUGUGCAGCUGGCAGUCGGUAGCUGCUGCAUGCGCGGUGUUCCCCUUCAUCAGCCUGCUGCUGAUGUCGCCGGUGCCCGAGACACCCCCGCACCUGCUGGCGCAGAUGCGAGUUCCCGAGGCGAAGAGCUCCUUCGAGUGGUACAGAGGAAGUGGCGACGGGGAAAUGCACGAGCUGAAACAGUUGCUCCUGAAACACGAAGCUCAAAACACUGCAAGAAACACAACUGCUAGAAAUAAAUCACAUGGCAUGAAAGUAAAAUGGAAAGACCUGUUACAACUGUCUUUCCAAAAACCACUUUUUAUUCUUCUCGUUUUCUUUUUUAUCCAACAGUUUAGUGGCAUAAACACUAUCAUAUUUUACACGGUGACACUUCUAGAGGAUAUUGGCUCUGGACUGGAUGAGUAUUUGGCAACGAUCGUGCUGGAUGCCAUGCGAAUACUGGUUUCUGUUCUCACAUGCUGGCUACUGAGACAUCGUGGAAGGAGGCCACUUGCAAUUUUUUCUGCUCUCGGAACAGCUCUCACGUUGAUAUUGUUAGGCGUGUACUUUUCGUUGCAAAACUCUUCGGAAAAAGAAAUGAAAUUCACUUGGAUACCAGUGCUGCUGCUGAAUCUCUAUAUCUGGACUACUGGUAUUGGAUUGGUUCCCUUGCCUUGGAUCAUGACCGGUGAACUUUUCUCUGCGUCCACACGGGCCGUUGGAAGUGGACUUUCGUCGUGUUUUGCGUUCGUUGUGUUCUUCACUGUAGUAAAAACUGGGCCCAUGCUACUUUCAUCACUGGGCAAAGCUUACACUUUUAUAACGUAUGGUGUGGUUUCUUUUCUGGGAUUUAUAUUUUUACUUAAAUAUCUGCCUGAGACCCGAAACAAAACACUCCAGCAAAUAGAGGAAAACAAAGAAGCUAAUGUGGUUUGAUUGACUUAUGAUGGAUAUAUAAGGAGUAAAAAAAAGGGCCAUCCUUUCUUCAGCUGGAAAAAAUUUCGUGAUCAUGUUUGAAGGAACUUCUCUAAUGAAAGUUGGCGCAGAAAUCUUUCGAACAAAACAGCACAUGAAUCAACAUUUUUUUUCUUAAUUUUUCAAUGUUGGGUAAGCAACUCAUGUCCUAUAGCAUUAAGUUACAAAAAAAAUGCUUUCACCUCCUGUGGAUAGUUAUCGUUAAUGUCAAAGUAUUACCUUGCUAAUCUUGUGCUGUGAUCAGAGAAGAUUUUGGUAAACCAAAAAAACUAUUGUUUGUAAUCCACACAAAAAAUAUAAAAAGGGAAAGUCUCAAAAUACCAAGUGUAUUGUCUUACUGAAUUCUCGAUGGCCACAAAAUAUCACAGACUCACCAGUACACAGGAAUAUUUCCUGGUGUUUUCAUUUAAGGACCACUUAGCAGAGCACAUGUGUAGUAAAAUACAUCAGUAUUUACUUGUUAUUGGCCAAUGUAUUAUUUUCUAAACUGCAUUCACCCAACAUUUAUAUUAUAUGUUUUAUAUAUUAUUGUAAUUAUAUGCUAACAAUUACUCAUCGCACGAGAAUAAAUUGUGUUUUUUUUUCUUUCUGCUCACAAAUAAAAUUUUAAUUUGC